GACGGCCAUAAUGUUUAUAUUUUUGGUUUUCACAAUAAUUUAUAUUUCCAAUGGAGUUAAAUCAAGCAGCUUACCGCCAAGCAUUACGUCACCAUGCGACAUAAGUGAGCAAGCUUGCGUUAAUAAAAUAUCAAAUAUUCUACUGCCUCAUAUAUUUAAUGGUAUACCAGAUCUCGAGGUCCCUAGUAUUGAUCCUUUACACAUCGAUAAAAUUAUAGGAGAUAUAUCUAUAUUGAAAUAUAUGUUCUUCAACAGCACCCUCAUUGGAUUUAGCAAUUGCAAGGUGGUAAAUUUGCGAUUAGACAAAGAAUUCACAAAGUUAAGCUAUGACCUAAUCUGUCCGCAUUUUACUAUGAGUGGUAAGUACGACGUUUCAGGUCGUCUUAUAGUGUUACCAGUGGAAGGAAAUGGAGAUUACAAUUUGGAUGCAGGAAAAUAUAAUAUAAGUGUCGAAUCUGAUUUGAAGACAUUUAAAGGAAAAAAUGAAAAAAUUCAUGCGCUUAUAAAAAACUUCAAAUUGAAAUGUGAAGCUCUAGAACCUAUACGUUUUGAUUUUAAAAACAUGUUCAAUGGACAAAAGGACUUAUCGGAUAUUGUUCACAAGUUUGCCAACGAAAACUGGCGAGAAGUCGUUAAUCUAAUGCAAGAUCCAGUUUUCUACGCUGUAAUGAAAAGAGCUGUCACGAAUAUGAACAAGUUCUUUAAGCAAGUACCACUCGAGAAGAUCCUUAUUAUAUAAUUGAUUGUUUUAUAUUAAAGUAAUGGAACUGA